AAGCGAUCGAACAAUGAAAAAAUCCAACUUUAUUGCACAGUUCGUACUGAAAUCACCCACUUCUGCUAUAUAUUCGCAUUUAGUGUUAUCGAUAUACUAUAAACAAAUAUUUUUCUUCGUAUUCGGCAACACCCAUUUGCACAACAACAAUUCCAUUUGCAGAUUAAAGUGCUUUGGUGCAUUAUUUUACUUGACUCUAAAUUUAACACAUUCAUAAAGAAAAUGACGCUUCCGGAGUUUUUUGGUUGUUCCUUUAUUGCAUUUGGAACUCCCUUUGCGAUGUUCGUUUUCACAAUAGCGAAUGAUUCGAUACGCAUAAUUAUUCUUGUUGCAGCAGCUUUCUUUUGGUUGUUAUCGCUCUUGUCAUCAGCCUUGCUCUGGUUCGCUAUUGUGCCAUUACGCGAAUACCUAUGGUUUGGUGUAAUUUUCUCGGUGUUGUUUCAAGAGGGCUUUCGUUACAUUAUUUAUCGUAUAUUGCGUUUCACGGAGCAAGGACUACAGGUCGUAUCUGAAAACCCGAGCAUAAUAGAAAACAAGCAUAUACUGGCAUAUGUAUCAGGACUUGGUUUUGGUAUAAUAUCAGGCUUGUUUUCAAUGGUUAAUCUACUGGCAGAUAUAUCUGGUCCAGCUACCAUAGGACUUAAAGGCGGCUCAGAUAUUUUCUUAAUUAUUUCCGCGACACAAGCGCUGGCUAUUAUAUUAUUACACACAUUUUGGAGUGUUAUAUUCUUUAAUGCCUUUGAUGUGAAUAAUUAUAUGCACAUAGCUUAUGUAGUUGGUACACAUAUGUUCGUCUCACUGAUCACAUUACUUAAUGCACAUGGAUUGUAUACAGCCACGUUAUUACCCAAUUACAUUAUACUCUUAGCGACAGCGGCAUUGGCAUUUAAAGUGGCUGGAGGCAGCAAAACUUCACUUGUACGUUUUAUAAAGUGCCAAUGAGACGAAACUAAUGUAGAUAUACUGAUAACACUUAAAUAUUAAACCUGUUUGGCACUGACUAAAUAAAAUCAAUCAAUUAAUUUAUAAUACAACAAUGUAAUACUAGUUAAAACCAAGCAACUAAUAUAUUAAUAAUAAUAAUAACAUAAGUCAACUCAUUUAUAUUUUGAAUUUAUUUCAUGCGAAUAAUCAUGAUACAACGUACAAUAAAAAGCCAUUACAAUAAUA